GGGCCGCCAGGCCUGAAGCCGGCUGGGGGGCGGGGCUCCGAGGCCAGGACGCGGCGACUGGUUCCCGAGUAGUCUCCGCCAGCUGUACCUUGCCGCGUUCCUGAUGCUGCUCGUGGAUGCAGAUCGGCCGGAGCCCGUGCGCAGCGGGGCGCGCGAGCUCGCGCUCUUCCUGACCCCCGAGCCCGGGGCAGAGGCGAAGGAGGUGGAGGAGACCAUCGAGGGGUUGCUCCUCAGGCUGGAAGAGUUUUGCAGCCUGACUGACAUGAUCAGGAGCGACACUUCACAGAUCUUGGAGGAAAACAUCCCACUCCUUAAGGCCAAGGUGACAGAAAUGCGUGGCAUCUAUGCCAAAGUGGACCAGCUAGAGGCCUUUGUCAAGAUGGUGGGGCACCACGUCUCCUUCCUGGAAGCCCGUGUGCUUCAGGCCGAGCGGGACCACGGGGCCUUCUCACAGGCCCUGCGGAAGUGGCUGGGCUCCUCGGGGCUCCCCGCCUUCAGGAACAAACGGUGGAUGCCGGUGGCCCCGACGUACGAGCUGCCCACGUUGUACAGGACCGAGGACUACUUUCCUGUGGACGCUGGGGAGGCAGCACCCCGGACUCCCAGCUGCCAAAGGCGUCUGUGAGCCCUGCGUUCCUGCCGUCAGGGGUGUCAGAAAGGGAAGUCUGGGUGCAGGGCCAAUUUUUUUUCCUUUUUUUUUUUUUGUUGUGGAUUCGUUUUCUGAAUUUCCCCCCUUGUUUCAUGUGGGCCCAUGGGGUUUGGAGAAGCAGUUGGGACCCACGGGCGGCAGUGCCUCAGAGAUGAGCUGGAGAAGGCCUUUUCCACCAGCGUUUGGCCUGUCUGGUGUCGUGGAUGAGGCGGUCACCCCAGGUGAUGGGCUGUGGAGACUCAGAUUUCCCUUUCCCUUGAAGGGCUUUGCAUGGGAAUCGGGAAGGGCUUGCGGGGUGCCACCAGGGUGCACGGGUCCAGGUCCGUCCGUGUUGGCUGGUGUGUCUGAACCCCAGCGCCCACUGGCCCUGUGAACUGUCUCAAUAAAGGUGUCAAGAGGUCA